AUGGCACCCUUCUCCCUACCAUCCGCCGGAGGCGUCGUUUCUUUGCUCAACGACCGUGCUCCACCGCAGUACAAGACCGAGCAAACUAGCACGUUCUCGGAUCCACCGUACCCUUCCCGCUUUCGUCACUCUCCCACAAGCAUGUCUCAUUCUGCUUUCGAUUCUACCUCAUCGUCAACAGAAUCUCUCCUGCGCAGUGGCGACCGUUCCACUGCCUCCACCUCUCCACCUACCUCGCUAGACUUGUCCUACGAAAACAGGUCUGCUCAUCACAAGCCUCACACCGCCACCGCCGCCGCAACGCGAUUGCCGCGCAUCGAAACGCUCGAGGAGCAUCCCGAGCCUUACCAUCGAGGUUUGCAGGGACACAAGGUGCUUCGCGGCAACCACAUCUCCACCGAGCCCCAGAGCAUUGGUAUGCGACCGGGAGAGCCUCUGCCUCCUUCAGCUACCGGCAUCUUUCCUCCAGGUCAGUGGGACCGAUCGGGCGCCUACCUCGAUCCCAACGACUACAGCCGUCGUUCCUCCAGCAGCAGCAGCGACAGCACCUACCUCUUUGACCGCGCCAUGCCCUACGGCGACGCUAGCAACGCAAUGGCCAAGCGCAGCGCCAAGGAUAACAGCUCGGGCGCCAUCACCGUCGGCGGCAAGAAGCGCUAUCCGUGCCAGCACCCUGGUUGCGACAAGACUUUCUCAACUAGCGGCCACGCUGCGCGUCACAACCGCAUCCACACGGGCCAGAAACCUUACCGUUGCACUUUCCCCGGUUGCAAGGCUCGUUUCUCUCGACAAGACAACAGCUUGCAACAUUAUCGCACCCACAUUCUGCACCCCAAGGGACGCGCCUCCCAGACGGCGCAGGCACGCGAUGCAGCAGCUCAGCUGGAGCUCGACCAUCUCGACCUCGACGCCGCCGAUGCAGAGGCGGAAGCCAAAGCCGAGCUUGGCCGACGCGCUCUCGAGGAUGGCACCGCCAUCGCCGUGGUGCACGAAGUCAAAGAUCAGCAUGGCCGCAAAAAGGGCGAGACCAUCGAGAGGAUGGUGGGCAUGCCGCGCAGCCGACGCGAUUCGUUGCGCGGUGGUCUCGACGACGACCGCAGCGCCUCGCCUUCUUCGAUCGAUGACGUGCGAAUGAAGAGGGAGUCGAGUCUACCCGGCGUGGGUCUCGAUGCUGCGGGUCACUAUGAGGCGCCGGCCGACUACUGGUCAGCACAGAUGGCCAAGCAAGGCCGUCUGUCCCUGCCUCACAGUGCUGUUCCUUACGACCCUCGCUACCGCGACCCUGCUCCGCCUGCACCGUAUGCUCGUGAUGCAGCGAUGAACGGUGGCGUCUACCCCGGCUCUGCGCCGCCUGUCGCGUGGAGUCAAGCUCCACCACCGUUCAUCGAUCCUCGCUUUGCCCCUGGCUAUCCUCGUUCGACCGUGUCGGUAUCGCCGCAUCGACGUGACAUGUACGACCCGUCGUCGCGCAUCGCAGCAGCGUCGUUGGAUCCUGAGCUGGCUGGUGCCGACUCGUCGGCUGCUGAAUACCACCGUCGAAGCACAUCGACGAGCAGCAGCCAGCGCGAUCGCGUGCCACCGAGCGUAGCCACGCUACCACCGCCGGGCCCUGCCUCGCGCAUGCCAAUGGCGGCUCAUGCGGCGUCUGCGCCCGUGUCCGGUGUGCCUUCAGCCCGCUCUUCGCAGAGCCCCAAAUCGAGCCCGACUUCGAGUGCCUACUCGGUUCCGGAGGGCAUCGCAGCUUCGGCGCUCGACAAGCUCAGUGCGGCGGCUGCGUCGUCCAGCCCUGCAGCCACGACGUCGUUGUCGGCCCGCGGUCGACUCAUGGGCGGCGGUGCCAACGGUGCUUCGGCCGCCUCGUCGUCGUCGUCGUCGUCGGCAGGCUACCAACAUCCGUACAGCUCGGACCGCUCGACUAACUACGCCUCUACGUCGCUGCCGCCCAUCUCGUCGGCGCGCGACCGCAGCAGCGAAGACACGCUGGACUUGGACCGCAAGACGAUGAGUUCCAGCUUGAGGAGCGGGCUAGCUGCUGAUCCCAAGAUCACUUUGCCCCCUCUCAACAACACUGUGGCUAGAAGGUGGUGA